AAAGGAGACAGCUCCCUCCCCCCCCAAAAAAACCCAGCGCGCCUCACGUUGCAUGGGUACCCGGUUAUUGAUAACACAAUUUGCCCGCUGGGAUCCAUCCGGUAGCGUGAAACUCGUGGAUAUCGGGACUGGAAAUACAACAGAGAGCCCGGACCUGAGAACUACAGCGAUCUUGCUCAUCAUCAGCGACAAAAUAGAAAGCCGAGCCCACCCCGUUCACUUGACAACGCGACAUCAAGCAGGCAAAAAGGCUUACUUCUCAUCCUCCCAUCCUCCAUCCACCCUGACCUGCUGUGUUGGGGAAACCCCUGAUGAGUGGGACCUGUAUCCAUGAGCCCCGUGCCCCUUCCCCCUCCCUGUCAGGCUUCAGCACCCCCAUCUCAGAGCCCCCGUAUCGAAGACUCGAUGGAGACACCCCUGCGUGCACCCCCGAAACGGACCUGACCCCCACACAGUGUGUCCUCCGUAACGUGCUGUCCAUCGACACAGGCGCGCAGGUGGCACCGAGCGGCAGCAGCCCCACUCCCAGUGAUGGACCCUCGGCUCACUUCGACAACAGUGUGCUAAAACUACAUGAACAUGAGGCCUGCCAGUGUGGCGGGGCCGAGGCUGGGCACAGUCCGGAGGCCGGGGCUGUCCGCAGCCAGUCGGAUAACAUCCGGCUACAAUCAGGAAGUGGAGGUUUUUUGGAGGGACUGUUUGGCUGCCUAAAACCUGUCUGGACCAUGAUUGGAAAAGCAUACUCCACUGAACACAAACAUAGCCAUGAAGAGUCCUGGGAGGUCCCCUUUGAGGAGAUCUCUGACCUGCAGUGGGUGGGCAGCGGGGCGCAGGGCGCCGUCUUCCUCGGCAAGUUCCACGGAGAAGAAGUGGCUGUAAAGAAAGUACGGGACAUCAAAGAGACUGAGAUCAAACACCUCCGCAAGCUCAAGCACCCCAACAUCAUCACUUUCAAGGGUGUGUGCACCCAGGCUCCAUGUUACUGUAUCCUGAUGGAGUACUGUGCUCAAGGACAGCUGUACGAGGUGCUGAGGGCGGGCCGUAAAAUCACCCCCUCCCUCCUGGUCGACUGGGCCAUGGGCAUUGCUGGUGGGAUGAACUACCUGCACCUCCACAAAAUCAUCCACAGAGACCUCAAGUCCCCAAACAUGCUGAUCACACAUGAUGAUCUGGUAAAGAUCUCUGACUUCGGCACCUCAAAGGAGCUCAGUGACAAGAGCACAAAGAUGUCAUUUGCUGGCACCGUAGCUUGGAUGGCUCCAGAAGUCAUUCGCAAUGAGCCAGUGUCAGAAAAAGUGGACAUCUGGUCUUUUGGAGUGGUGCUGUGGGAGAUGCUGACUGGAGAGAUACCUUACAGAGAUGUGGACUCAUCUGCCAUCAUCUGGGGGGUGGGGAACAACAGCCUGCAGCUCCCUGUACCCGAGAGCUGCCCUGAUGGCUUCAAGAUCCUCCUCAAACAGUGCUGGAGCUGUAAGCCCAGGAAUAGGCCGUCUUUCCGUCAGAUCCUGCUUCAUCUGGACAUAGCAUCAGCUGAUGUGCUGUCCACUCCACAGGAGACCUACUUCAAGUCUCAGGCUGAAUGGCGAGAAGAGGUGAAACGGCACUUUGAGAAGAUUAAAUCUGAGGGUACUUGUCUCCACCGGCUCGAUGAGGAGCUCAUAAACCGCCGCAGAGAGGAACUCAGACAUGCUCUGGACAUCCGCGAGCACUACGAGAGGAAACUGGAGAGGGCUAACAACCUUUACAUGGAGCUCAGCGCUGUCAUGCUGCAGCUGGAGCUCAAAGAAAAAGAGCUGCAGAAGAGGGAGCAGUCUCUGGAUAAAAAGUAUCCCGGUUUGUUUAAGCAUCACAGCUCCAGACAGAGCAGCUCCUCCAACACCAUGGACAAACUCAUCAAGAAGAGAAAUGUCCCGCAGAAGCUGCCCUCUGGAAAGAGGCCAGACAUCCUUAAGUCUGAGGUAAUCAUUCCCAAAAUGGAUUCCUCAGUGAUGCAAGUCACUAUCCCAGCCUGCCCCAACAGGAGCUCCACUUCUCCCAGCCGCUCUCGACGAGUAAAGACCCGCCACCGUAAGCCCGGUAAGGGCAGCAGCGGAGACCUGGCUGGACUUAAGGCGACUCAGUCUUCUCCUAGUAGGGACUCAGCUGCCCAGGCUAACGGUUCCACAAACAACACCUCCAAGCAGCUCCUUGAGCCGUCUGCAGCCUCACGAGGCCUCAGUCAUGAGCAGCAGCAGAGACAGCUCUCCUCCUCCAGCCCGGACCUCAUCUGCACCACGCUGGAAGCCGAAGGGCAGGGCAAAGGGGAGACUUCAGUAGGCGGGCUGGAGAGAGGUGGGAGCCUCAGUGCUUCUGCAGGGUUAGGAGGGUCAGAUGUGGGGGCAGCUGGUCUGGAUGAUCUCACAGAAACUCCUCCACGCAGCGACACACCGAGCGAGGAUGCAGCGUCGUUUCCGUUCUCCAGCAGCCCGGACUCGCCGUGCGGGAGGGGGGCAGCAGCAGGAAGGGGGUCGCUGGGAUCUCCACGUUUGCCUCAUGAUGGGGAGGAUAAGGAUGACGGAGCGGGUGCUCUGAGGCUGCCUCGAGGGGCAUCAGGGGGAAUUGGGAGCCAGCACCUCACACCUUCAGCCAUCCUGUACAGAGCAGCUAUCACACGCAAACAGAGGCGUGGAGUGUCAUCAGAGGAGGAGGAGGGGGAAGUUGACAGUGAGGUUGAGUUACCACGGAGACGACGUCCGACCAGCAUCACAAAGUGUCAGUCGGUGUCCACCUUCAGCUCAGAGAACCUGUCAGUGUCAGAUGGAGAGGAGGGCCACACCACGGACCACUCUCACAGCGGCACCCCCGACGUGGUCAGCACCAACACGGACGACAGGCUGGACGACCGCAGCGAUGACCUCCUUUCUCAGGGGUCCGAGAUCCCGGCGGACAACACAGAUCCCGCGCAGGCUUCAGAUGGACUGUCGGAGCGAGACGGAGUCCUGGGUCAGGCCAAAGCUCAGCUGGACGCCGGGCAGAAUCCUAAUGAGAGUCGGUCCCUGUGUGAUGACUCUGACUGCGACAGUGCUGAGUUGGAUCAGUCAGGCAGUGGGGAGCCAAGCCGUCCCCCCAGUGCUGGAGCGUGGGUCUCCCCAUCCCAACCCUACCAGGGGUCUCCACAGGCACCUCAAACAGGACCUCCAUAGAUCACUGGACACAAGCAAAGACCUCCAACUACCCUCGAGUGAACAACCAUCACAGGCGUACACCAAUCUGUCAGUGCAGUACAUUACUGUGGUCAAGAGGUAUCACACCUAAAACAUGGCUCAGACUGUGACGAGUCCACUUAUGGCGUCUCAUGAGUUUGUUUCUGGCAAACCUUCAUCAGAUCACAUAAGACAUUUGUCAUAACCUGACAUCAGAUUUUUUGGCAGCUUGGACAUCAGAUAAUGUCAUUUAAGUUCAGUAGGGUUUUUUAGGCAAAAUAGUUACCAAGGUAACCUUAACCACUGCUCCAGUUCAGCAAAAACCCUCCACAGACACACGCACGCACAAGAUACCACACUCGUUGUCCUUUAAACACUCUAAUCCUCACUCUGGGAGCAUCCUCCAUGACUCUCCACACACUAAUGCAUCAAAUACUAAUGAAUAAUAAUGUAAAUAUCCAUGACAUACCACAUGAGAAAUAUCUAACUUUAUUUGUUUGUAAGAUAAAAAAAAAGUAAGACUAAAUGGUAUGCAGCCCUGUGAACAAAUGCAUGACUACAUGUUUAUAAUUUAUGGUUGAAUGUGUCAGUUUUAUAUUUUGUGAGAGUUUACACUUUUUUAAUCCUGGAAGUAUUACUUCAGUUCUUUUUGUUUUUUGUUAAUAAAUGUCCGCACUCAAGAAGAAAAACAAGUCAGAAUGGAAUGAAAACCUCACCAAGACAUUGAUCAUGAUGCAUAAUUAGGAUCCUCAGUAAGUAAUACAUAUUUUUUUAACCCUCCUGCUACUGAGUUUCAGAUGCACAGGACAUGGUCGAGGUUUUUUAUGACGCUUAUCAAAUAAGUGACUUGAUUGGAAACCUUUGGGUUCACUCAGAUGGCACUUCUGUUAUUGAAGGUAUUCUGGCACUGAGGGGCCGAACAGACUCUUUUGAUUGGAGGGGCCAAACUAGGGCCCUUGGUAAUGCAGUAUGUGUGUGCUUAUACAAACAGAGUAUUUGUAUUGUAUUUACCCCUUCUAUCUCCACUAAUGAUAUCUGCUUUGACUGCUAACAUUGAAGUAUCCAAAGGAUGGUAUUUUUCAUUUUAAUUAAGGCUGUCAAAGAUACAUUUUUCAAAUCACGCUAAUCACUGAAUUUCAAGAAUUAAUCAUUUUUAAGCCCAUAUUAAAAUUGUAAAACGUUUUUUAUCCAAGUCCUGUAGUCAUCUAGUUUGAUUUACUUUAAUCCACAGGUUUCCUUGCGGUUUGCACACUCCAAAAUAAUAACUGACAUCAGUCUGAUUAGCUGCACCUUGAGGCUUAGCUUGUAUACGCUCAAACAUGGAGUACUUUGAUGAUAUUUCAUUUUGUUUGACACAAAGUGAAUAUUACUUUUGACUUGUCUACUAAACCAAUCACAAGUUAGUUUAUUUUUUUUACAUCAAGGUGGCAGCAGGAAGCAGAAAGACACAGUGGCAGCUUAUCUAUGGUGUAACAUAAGGGUCAAAAUAUCACAAAAUUAAAACCAAAAAUGGAUUUAUUUAAGAUCUUAAUUGCAUUAUAAUUAACACUGACAGCCCUAGUUUAAUUAUAUUGUAUACUUUAUGAAGAAACAUGACAGAGUGGCAACACUGAGAUCUUCUUAGCUUGAACAUUUCAGGACUUACGCCAAAGGUUUGUCUUAAGUCACUCACUGUAAAUUUACAGUAAUAACUGAAGGGAAUGUGCCAGAUUAAAGGGCAAAGAAAGCAGACAGCAGCCUCCUGCAACAAUAACCCAAAAGUUGAUUUUAGCCCAAGCUUCCGGUAAGGCAAAUGGCCGUUACUAAGUAAGGCCUUUGGCAGUCAGAUUUCAAAGUGGGCCAUGGCCAUCCCUGUAUCCACCCUGUGGAUUUUUUGAGAUGUCUUUCACAGUAAAAUUAUCACUUUAGGAGUAGUGCAUGUGUUCUCAAAAAUAACUGAACUAAGUAAUACCUCUGCAAGAAACCCAACUUGGGGCAUCCUAGCAGAAUAGAACUCUUCAGCAUUACAUUUCCAUAGUAUAACCAGACUGAAAAGGUUAAAACAAUAAAAGGAAACAAAAACAGUGCAGCAGAAUCAGAUAUUGUAUUUUCUAAUUGACACAUUAAUUUCUUGCUAAACCUGUCGCCGAUAUUUCCCACGAUGCAACCCAACAAACUAGUUUGUCAAAGUCAAGUUUGUUUGGUCAAUGUCGUUGAACUAGCCAAACCCUGUUCGAUGCUGACUCAAGCUACACAACUUGAGACAGUUACGAUGUGUAAAAUCGUUAUUAUAAUGUUACCGUUGACCUCUAAACUCUAUCUUAACCUGUAACAUUUCCCUUUCAGAGAAAAAUCAAACAAACUCUUGUGUGUCACGAUGUUGAUAGGCUUCAUAAAAACCUCAACUGUUCCUCCUACCCUUUAAGAUAACUGCAGAAGAAGCCAGAUAAAGAAUAGAGCACUUCUCUGUGGUGGUUACUAGUAGAACCGUAAGUAUCAUUUGGGUUUGAAUAGAAAUGUUUUGUUUUUAUACAGCAUUGCACAUUGUACCUGUAACAUAGGAAUUAUAUCAAAAGCAAAAUAUUAUGAGCAACAAUAAAUAAUGUAUUGGUUAAAAAAAAUGUGUGACUUUUUUUUUUUUUUAAAGCAUAGACUGUAUAAAAUAUGGACAAGGUAUCCGUGACGUCACCCAUCUGUUUCUGAAGAAGUGUUUUGAGGCCAAUAGUCGGCGGCAGCCAUAUUGCUGCUGUGGAGCGAUUGUGGUGUAAAGAGGCGGGCUUUGAGCCUCCUAGCCAACAGCUACAGUGUUCACUACUGUCAAUCAAGUCAGCUGUGCCUCUCAUUGGAAGACUUGUAAUCUCAAUAUCUUCAAAAUUGCAGCGUUAGAAAGAAAUUCAUCCCCUCUACAGUGUGUGCCGAUCGAGAAAUGAGCCAUCCAGACUACACUCGUCUUUUGUACCAGGCUGUAAACAUGUUUAUUUCUGCUGUAAAUAUCUGCUUUUUCCCAUUCAUGUAUUUCCGGAGCCAGCCUCAAGCAGAUCCUCAACGAACUGCAGUUUUUAGCACUUCCACAUUGGACUCAUAUUUUUAGAGUGGAGGUUGCCGCUUGGUUUUAAGAUAAGCUGUUUCCGAAACGGCCUGCUACAUACUACUUGCUAAUGAAGUAGGCAGUAGGUAUUGACUACCACAUACUGCGUUUGAAUUUAGCAUGUAGUAUGACUUUUCUGUUGGAUCUGUGUUGCAGUACACUGGACCAGACGUCACUAGAUUUCCGGUUUUGGAAAGCGGAAGUAAACAACGGCGAAGCUGAUAGUGAAAAUGCUUCUUUAGCAUACAUUUAUGAUUUAAAAAGUUAGGAAGUGGUUUAUAUGUAAUUCAAUGACCUUCACAGCACCCAAAAAUUGAUUUCCUCCCGUC